GAUGUCGAAAUGCGAAAUCACAACCGUGUCGCGGGAAUUUUUGACUAUGUCCGCCGAAAAUAAAAUGUAAUGUUUACCCGCGGUGAUAUCAGGUUUUCGACAACGGCCGUCGUUGGUCGUUAUCAAUAGAUUUGUAUUCGCUACCAGCCAGACAGUCGAGUUAUCGCCACCUUAUCAUCCCGUUUUCAGUGCUCUUUGUGAUAUUAACAUCGCAGCAGCAGCCUGCAGCAGCACUUUACUUGAGAAGCGAUCAAUAAAAAUACUAUUCAAUAUUCACGUCGGUACAUACUACUCGGCCGCAGCCGCAGCCGUUCGUCCGCGUUCGUGUUUGAUCUUACGCUUUCGUUUCUUACGCCCUACAGUGUGGUAUAUUUUUUUUCAACCCCACGAGUGCUGGUCAUCUCAAAAAGGGUCUGUACACGUUUAUUGUUCGUAAGGUAAAGUAAAAAUAAAAACCUAUUUUAUACCUAUUUAAUUAUUAUUUUUAUUCGUAUUCAGUACACGAACACCUAGAUAGCAAUGUCGACGGAAAAAGAGGAUGGUGCAGUUGAAAAACUUAUGGAGCAAGGAAAUAAGCAAAUUGAAACCAGUGGUGACAAAUAUGACGAAGUUAACAAUUUGGACGUAUCCGACCAUAAAGAAACUGCAUAUGCCGGUAUGGGUAAAGAGGAACUUAUGAAAUAUGCAAACAGCCCAUUUUGGGUAAGACUCAGGUGGCUGUUGUUUGUAAUAUUCUGGUUAACUUGGUUUGCCAUGUUGUUUGGUGCUCUUUUUAUUAUAUUCAUGACACCAAAAUGCUUUCCAUCAACCAAGCUCGAAUGGUACCAAAAGAGUCCAGUAUACGUUGUUAACGCUGCUUCAUUAUCCAGCCAAAACGGUAAUUUAAAUAUUUUAUUUUUAUUUAAGUAUCUUACGAGGUAUCUCAUUAAUAUAUUUCUAAUGUUAUCAUUAGUACUUAGGUAGGUACUUUGGAAAUUUUUUUUUUUAAAAAACUUACUAUUUGAGCUAAAAAAGAUAAUAAAUAAUGUUUCUUCAAUUCUCAGUUUGACCCUCUGUGUGUAACUAAUGCAGUCACAAAAUUGUAUUUUUUAUUAGUAAUUACCUAACUUGAAAGUGCUUAGGUAUCUAUCAUACCUUUCAACAAUUGGAAAUUAUUGUUUACCCAGAUUCUAUAAUAUUAUGUGUUCAAGAAUAUAAAUUAUAGUUGUGAUACGUCUCUUUGAUUAUCUGUUGAGAUUGUAGCAAACUAGUAACUAGCUACUCUACAACCUACCUACCCACUGUUAAAAUUAUGCAAUAUAAUUUCGAAAAUGUUUAGAAAUGUACAUUAGUGAUCCAUUUAUAAUGUACUAGUUAAAAACUCCAGUGUUAUAAAUUUCUUUGAGCCAGUUAUAAAGUAACUUGAUAACCUAAAAUAGUAUUCAAUAUAGUUGUUUUAGAACUUACAGUUACAGGAUUUCUAACAACCUUAACAAAUUUAUGUCCACAUUGAAUUUUAGUUUUAUCAAAUACGGUUUAAUUUCAGUAAUGUUAUUAACAUAGUAAAUAAUGUUUUAUGUAAAAUAUUAAUAUUUUAUAAACAAAGAAUAUACUUGGCUUCGGUAAUGCAACACUGCAAUCCCUGAUAAAAUUCCUAAUGGGCGGCUGAUAAAAAUCUGGUUUUUUUUUAAAUGUAAUAAUAAUGUUUCUUAUCAGGGGUAAUAAGUGCAUUUUCUCAGAUAAUUACAUUUUAGUUUCAAUGAAAGUUACAAUAUUCCAAUAAAUAAACAUUGUCAAUGUAUUGCAUUUUCAAACUUUAUCACUUGGAAAUAUGUUCUUCUAUAGAACACUAGAAACUAUUAUUUUAUAUUGAAAUUGAUUAGGUAUAUACUUAAGUAAUAGUUAUCUAGAAAAUAAUAAUUAUAUUGGUAUUAAUAAUUUGCUGAUGCAAUGACUUAAAAAAAAAAAAAUCUUAUGUUCAGUAUUUAAUCUAUGACUCUGCGUAUUAAAUAUUUCUGACUUUUGUACAAUAUGAUAGGUAUAUUAUGUUAUAUACGAUUUAUAUAUGUAUAGUACAUAUAAAAUAAAUCUGAGUGACUAUGCUCCUCUUACAAGAUAAUGUUAAAAAGUAAGUUGUUGCAGGUGGGUGUGGUUGUGACAAUAGGAUAAUUUAGUUUUAUAUACUACAUACAAAUAAAAACAACUUGAACUGGUAAACAUUUUUUUGAUCAAUUUAAAUUUAAAACAUUAUGCUAUCAUGAAUUUUUACAAGUUUCAUCUAAACUAAACUUGAACUUACAAUACUUAUAAAAAAAAAACAUUACAUUAUAUUCAGCUAGUAAGAGCACUUUGUGAUGAACCUCAUAAGUUCAUCAAAUUUGUUAGAGGACUAAAAAGUAAUUCACUUUCUCAACAUUCCUAAAUUGAAAACUGGUAACAACAUACUUAUAAAUGAUUUUUGUCAAAACCUUGCUAAAAAUAUAAUCAUGUCUACAAAUUUUACAAAUAUUUUUCUAUCACCAUAUGAACUACUUAUUGGCAACAUUGUAUCAGAUUUUCGAAGAUCUAUACUAAUCUGAAAAAAUGUGGAUUUAAAUAAAACCAAAAAUACUCAAAAAUUUCAAAUUGCUUUGCUUAAUAAUAAUUUUAAAAGAAUUCAGAAUAUUUUAAUAUGUAUACCAUGUCUAGAAGAAGUAGAUAACUUAUUUAAACUAUAUAUGAAGAAUUGAACGUCCUUAAAGUCGACAGAUUGUCAUACUCCUAAUCCCUAUCUGUUUCUAAACCAAAAAUCUAAAAUCAUUGUUACAUCUGAGACUUUUAAACUAAUUUUAUCUUAUGUCCUAAAAUAACAUUUAAUAUCUUAAUUGUUAAUAAGGUACCUUUUGAUAUUUUUACUUUCCCCGUAUAAAAUCAAAAGUAAUUAUUAACCAUGUAAUAAUUAGGAUGACUCAUAAGUGAUAAUAACAUAUGUAUACAUUUAAUAUUUAUGUUUAUUAUACUAUUUAUCUUAUUGACUUAGUAAUACAAAAAUUGAUUAAUAGAAUAUAUAUUUAUGUUACUGUCUUAAUCUGACAAUAAAAAUAUAAAAUUGAAAAUCGCCUCAUAAUCCAACUGAUAAUAUCGUAACAAAUACAUUGGACUUCUUCCUUUUUAAAUUUCCAUCAAAUAAAACAAAUUAAAAUGUGCAAAACUAACUUUUACAUACUACUUAUUAUUUAUAUUUUGUGGCAUUUCUGUUAGUUUGUUUUUUUUUAAAUUUCUAAACAUAAAUUUAAAAUUCCUAAAUAAAUCCCUUUGGAAUUUAUUGUUACGUCUGUCUGUUCAUAUAGUUACUUGUUACAUAGUUAUGAUUAUUGAUUUUAGUUGAUAAGGAGAUAAAUACUAUUCUUAAUGGUCAAUAUUAUUAUCAUUAUUAUUAAUUUAAAUAUAAUAAAGCUCUUAUUGCUGAUGGGUGUAUCACUGUUUCAAGAGAUAAAUUGGAAAAGAUAAUUUUUUAGAGUAAUUUAAUUUAUACCUGUAUACAACAAUAAAUCAUUGAGAAUGAAGAACUCUGAGCAGAAUUUUAUUAUUAGCUGUAUUUUUUCCUCUUGUAAACAAGAUAAUUACUCUCAGAAAUCAAAAAACUUUAAGUUUUUCCCUAUUUAUUAAAAAUCUUUUAGGAAAUCAAAAAAUGACCAUAGUAAUGAAUCAUUUAGUUCAUAAAUACUAUAAGAAAGUUCCUUGAGAGUUUUUAUUGAAAUAGAGUAUAGUAAAAAAGAUUUUUUGUUAAUUAAAAAUUCAAAAAAAUCUCACAUUAUAACCUUUAAAACCAAUACAUGAGUACCUAAUUUAUUUAGGUUUAUUAUACACAUAAUAUAUUAGGUUACCAAAUUCUUUCAACAUUUUAUAUGGAAUUAUAAUUUAUUGUUUAAAAUAUGUUCAUAAAUUUUAACUUUGUUUUCUCCUAGAGUGGACUUUAUUAACUCUUUUUUUGUUAUAAUUUAUAAUUCAUUGAAUUUUAAAAAGUGUAAGUUCAAAUAUUUGUUUGAGAUUUAUUUGUUAAAUGUAUGUAAACAUAAUGUAUUCAUUGUUUUACUUAAAACCUUAGGAAUGUGUGGUUAUUCUAUAUAAAAAAACAAUAGGUAGUCAAAUUUUUGUUUGGAAUUAUUGCAAAUUAAAAUGAUUCAAUUGUGUGUAUUAUUAUUGUACUAUUCAAUUUUAUUUUUAUUUUUAUUUUUAUUUUUUGUAUUCAAUACAUUUAAUUUAAAUAUUUAUUAUUAUGUUAAGGUCUUGAUGAAAAAGUUCAAUACAUGCAAACGUUGGGUAUAGAAAAUGUUGUACUGUCAUCAGUGUUCAAUAAUGAUAAAGGUGAAGUAGUUGAUUUUAUGAAAGUAAAUGCUUCAUUAGGGAAUGAAAACUUCCUGAAAGAUCUUAUAGUGAAAUUAAAAUCAAAAGGUAAAUAAAAAUGUAUAACUUUAUUUUUGUAAACAAAAAAAAUUAGUUCAUUAUAUUAUACUGUACACAUAUUUAUACAUUUUUUUUUAGGUAUGAAAGUAAUGUUGAAAUUAAUUCCUAAUCACUCUUCAACAUCAAACCUAUUCUUUGAACGAUCAGUUUUGAAUGAAACUAUGUAUAGAAAUUAUUACAUUUGGAAUCCUGGAUUUAGUGUUGGAGUUCAUCAUUAUCCUAUUAACAAUUGGGUAUUAAUAACCAUGUCAUUAUUUUAGUUUAGUGAUUUAAUAAAAUCAUUUUGUAUUAUGAAAGUUGAGUGUUACUGGAAAAUCGGCUUGGACAUGGAAUAAAGAGCGAAACGAAUUCUAUCUUCAUCAAUUCUCUGAAAACGAAGCGGACUUUAAUUUCCGUAAUAAUGAUAUUAUAAACUAUUUUGAGGUAAUUAUUUUGUUUAAUUUUUUUUUUUCUAACAUAUUUUAAUUAUGUUUGGUUUAUUUUUUUUAGAACGUGUUUAAGCUAUGGUUAACAACUGGAGUUGAUGGAUUUUAUUUGGAUAAAGUUCAAUAUUUGUUUAAAGAUAAAGAAUUUAAGAAUUCCACCGAUAGUAGUAAAAGACCUACUUUUAAUCUUUCAGAAACCACAGAUCUAAUAUCAAAAUGGGGAAAAUUAAUAGAAAACAAUUCUGGGUGAGUAAAUUAUAUUUUUAUAUUAAAAUUAAAUAACAACUUUGGUAACUUUGUUAAUUAUUUAAUACUAAUAAACUAUUCAAUACAUACAUUUACAUAUUACAUUAUUUUACUAAAACAAUUCAUAUUCAUUUAAACAUAAUUAUUAUCAAUUUAUAAUAAUGAGCAUUAUGAUUUAAGAUAAAAGAAAAUCUAAUCAUUAUUAAAAUAUUUAACUUAUCUAAAUACUAAGAAGCCAUAUAUCAUAUCAAUAAUCAUAUUUUAUAUUUAAUCUAAUUUUGACAGAUCAGCUUUAAUAAAAUUGUCAUAAAAAUCAAAAAAUGUAAGUUUCUAUUUUUAAAAUAUAAUAUUAUUGAAAAUAAAGUAUAAUUCCUUGUAUUAUGUACUACAUUUGUAUUUGAUAUUGGCUUAUUAAAUAUCUAGAUAUUUAAUUAUUUGAAAACUUAAGUAAUUAUUUUAUUUCAAUAGUGAAAUUAACCUAAUUUUCAAUAAUCUUUUUUUUAUAUAAUACACACACACACACACAUAUAUAUAUAUAUAUAUAUAUAUAUAUAUAUAUAUGUGUUAUUAUAAUAUAAUUUUUAUCUAGUCAAUGUGUAAUGAUUAUAAUAACUUGACCAAUUAGUAUGACCAUUAGUAGUAACCAUGACUAAAGUCAUAAUAUUUUCCGUUUAAAAAUUAAGUAAUACACUGUUUAAAUAUUAAUAAAUGCAUAUUUUUUUUAUAUUAUAAUAUCAUUUUUAGAAUAUUGAUUGUGAGUGAUCUUGAAACAAACGAUGUGUCGGGAGUAAAUAUGGUUCAUAGCUCUAUCACUUUGGCACCUGAUUUUACUGGAGAACAAUUACUUAAUGCAAUUCUAUUAAAAACAACUACAUUUAAAUGGCCUUCUUGGGAAGUUAGUAUAAAAUAUAACAAAGUCUGUAUAAAAAUAAGUGUACAUUCUAAGUUUUUUUUUAUAUUUAUAUAAUGUAGUGGGUAUGUGAAAAAAAUGAUAAACCAAACUGUUGGAAGAACGAAACGAUUGAUGCAUUUAAUAUUAUUAGUGCAUUAUUACCUGGUACACCAUUUAUAAAUGCUGACCAAAAACUCUUUGAAAACAACCACAUACCAAAUGUUACAUUGUUUGAAAGAACUUUAAAAGAAUUGCGAGCAAUGCCCACAAUUGAAUUCGGUUCCUUCAACACUAAACUUCUAAAUGAUACAGUAUUUGUUUUUGAUAGGUAACAUCAAAAAAUAGUAUUAUAUAAUAUAUUUUUUUAUUAAUAUGUGUGUUACAUUAACAAUUAUUAUUUUUCUUUUUUUAGAGUAAUGAGUGGUUCAGAAAGCAUUGUAUUUGCUUGGAAUUUAAGUAAAAAUGAUACCAUUCUUAAUUUAAAUUUAUUGGAUGAAAUUCCUGACGAAGUAAAUUUAUCGCUCUGUACUCGGUCUGCUUGUUUACUACUUCCAGCUCUUAAGUAAGUUUUGAAAAUUAUUUUAAUACAAAUGUUUGACUAUUUAUACAAUUAACAAUUAUAAACUUAAAUCACUAGUUACAAGUGUUAUCAAUAUGUUGGUAAUUAAUUUGCAAUUUCAAUUAUUUUUUAUCAAUCUUAUGAAAUAAUUAUUUUAAAUGUAUAUUUUUAAAUCAAUAAAAAAAAUAAAGUGCAAUAUCUCUUAGAAUUAUGUAUUAAUAUUUUUAGUAUAUUUUUCAUAUUCUACAGGAAGACAUGUUUUUUUUUUUUGUUCAAUACUGUACAUGAAAAAUUCAGGUAGUAGUAGUAAUUAAAUAUAACAUAAAUUGAAUGUAUAGAAUGUCCGGGAAAAUUAUUCUCAUUGUGAUGUCAUAAUCGAUAUAUAUUCAUGGACUAAUUAUAUAUAUAUAUAUAUGUACUGUAUGUAAUUUAUUCAUGAACAUUUGUUUUUUUUUUUUUUUUUUUACAAUAUCACCUCUACAGUAAAUUUAAUUUUACUAAAUGAAAACAUAAUUUGUUGUGAUCUUGUCAUAAUUUCCAUUAAUAUAUUAUAAUGUUUGAAAUAUUGAAUUCAAUAACCACCUGUUUUCACACUACACAAUUUUAUGUUUCAGGUCAAAAGUCAACAGCAACAAAAUAAAUAUCGCCUCUGAAUCAGCUGUGGUUUUAUCAUUUUAUAAACCCUAAAACUUUACUGUAACCAUUGAACAAAAUUAUUUUUAAUUUCAUUUUGUUUAAGUAUUAAUAUUUAUUAAUAAUAAUUUAUUAUAAUAUAUAUGUCCUUAAUCUCACUAGUUAUUACUAUCCCUAACUGUUUAAAAACUGAUUGGUGAUAAAUUACCUAUGCAAAUAUUUGAUAACUUGAAACCUAUGUAUCACUAUAAUAUAAUUAAUGAUAUUAAAAUUAAUUGACUUUAACA